UAAUUGCAAAAAGGUCCUAUAAGUUUGUUCCAAAUAUAGCUACUUUAUGAGUUACGACAAAUAUGGCUUCUGCUCUCAACUACUUGCUAAUAACUCUAAUAAUCUCCAUCUCCUUCACCACCAUUACCCAUGGAGCGUUUUCAGAACAAUCCUACAUAACUUUACCCUCACAGAAACUAACCCAUCUCCACUUCUAUUACCAUGACAUCCGAAACGACAACAACCCAACGGUGGUGCAAAUUGUCGACACACCCAAGAAUGUUCCCAACGGUUUUGGGUCCAUUUUUGCCAUGGAUGAUGUUAUGACUGAAGGGCCUGAGUUGACUUCCAAGCAAGUUGGAAGAGUUGGAAGAGCCCAGGGUCUGUUUGCUCUGGCUUCUCUGCAGGAUCUUGGGAUGACAAUGUUGACGAAUUUUGCAUUCACGGAAGGGAUAUAUGCAGGGAGCACAAUAAGCAUGCUUGGGAGGAACCCUAUCUCAGAGGAGAAUAGAGAGAUGCCAAUAGUGGGUGGUACUGGUGUAUUCAGAUUUGCAAGGGGAUUUGCCAUUGCAAAUAGUGUUAUGCCUAUUUCUACUCCUCAGCACUUUGUUGUAGAGUACAAUAUCACUCUCUCUCAUCCCUAGUAACUAAAAAAGAAGAGAACUUGACUCAAUCAUCAAUGUACCUUAUGAUAUGUAAUGAGACUUUUGUUAGAGAGAUUGUGUAGCGGCAAAAGCUUUGGUCAAUAAAUUUUGGUGUGAAAUGGAUACCUUGGUGAAUAA